AUGGAAGAGGUGUGCGACUUCAUUGAAGAGAGACUUGCUCCAUCGGUUUUAGACGGCUCUGAUGUUCGUGAUGGAUGUAUCUAUCGUCAGCCGACGAACAAGGAACUUGAAAAAUGGGCAUUCGCCGCGGAUCAGAGCAACAUUGAUGAAGUUCGGGAGAGUGAUGAUUAA